GCCGCCGACGCGGCGCGCAAGCCCUUCACCGGCGAGCACUCGGACCACCUCGCGUACCUGCGCGCCUACGAGGGCUGGCGCGGCGCGAGACGCGCCGGCGGCGGCGGCGCUGGCCGGCGCUUCUGCGACGAGCACUUCCUCUCGCACGUUGCGCUGGAGGAGCUGCACGCGCUGCGCGAGCAGCUCAGCGGCGUGCUGGCCGACCUCGGCUUCGCCAGCAGCACACGGGAGGCGAUGGAGGGCGAGGGUGAGGGGAUCGCCUCGGUCCACCACGCGUCGCUCGUGCGCGCCAUCGUGUGCGCUGGCCUCUACCCGAACGUGCUGCGCGCGAGGAUGCCCGACACGCGCUUCGUCGACACGGUGGGCGGGGCGGUGGAGGCGGAGGACGAGCGCGGGAUCGUCAAGUUCUACCUCGCGGAGCGGCGGGCGGGCGGGCGCGUCUUCCUGCAGCCGGGCUGCAGCAUCUACGCCUCGCCCAAGCUGCCCUCGGAUUGGUGCGUCUACAGCGGCAAGAGGCUGCAGGCGCCACGGCCGGGGGGCGCGGGGGUGGCGGCAGUUGCGGCUGCGGGCGACUACACGUGCGAGCGGUGCGGCGCAAAGGUUUUUGCGUCCAAGCCUGCGUGCUUCCGGUGCGGCGCACCCAAGCCGAGGGGGCCGGCGGCGGCGGCACUGGCACCGGCGGCCAAGGCGGUGGCGCCGGCGGGCGGAGACGGGAGGCUGAUUGUGCGCGACGUCACGUGCGUGUCGCCGUACGCGCUACUGCUCUUCGCGGGCGGCUCGCUCGUUGUCAACGCCGAGGCGGGCACGGUCGAGGUGGACGGCCACAUCACCAUCGCCGCUACUGGCCGCGUCGGCGCGCUCCUGAAGCAACUGCGCGCCGAGUUGCUGUCGCUGCUCGCCAAGAAGCUAGAAGAGCCGUCGCUCUCGCUGGUGGGCAGCCCGAUCUACGAGGCGAUCGAUCAAGCCGACGACAUGACAGCCGCCCCCGACAUCGCGCCAGAGCGGCAGUCUCGCGCCUCGGUCAGCGACGACCUGUGUAGCGCCACGGUCCGCUACGUGCGCCUCGACGCCAUCGAGGCGCGCAACCCGUUCGUCACGGACGAGGGCACCGACGCGUACCAAACCCAGCCGGGACCUGUGCCCGCCCGGCUACUUGCACUCCUCGAGGUCAUCGAGAAGGACUACGAGAUCGGCGACCGCACCUUUGGCCUGGCGAUGAACGUUCUCACUCGCUACAUGCGCCGCUGCGGCGACCCGCUGACGGAUGAGGACAAACGAUCCGACGCCGUGCUCGGCAGCUUCAGCCUCGCCUGCAAGUUUAACGAGACGGCGCAGAUCACGCACAAGGAUCUUGCGGACAUCUCGUACAGAUACAGUAAGAGUACGUCGACUGCGAGUUCGAUUGCGGCGAUGGAGUGGGAGAUCGUGGAUAAGAUCGAGUGGGAAAUCUGGGAGAUGCUCCCCCGAGACGAGGCGAGGGGGCGCUCGGAGGAGGGGCUCCGUGACCCGUGGGACCUAGGCGGUCAGAUGGCCUACUCUAGCCAGCGCCGCUCCCGCGCCGCUCGCGACGACGAGCACAACGCCGAGCGCGACCUGGCCGGCGAGGCCGAGACCAAGCGCCGAAAGGCUGUAGCAGAAGUGGAGCGGGAUGUGUGGCGUGCCAUCCAGGCGGAUGCCACCCAGGUCGUCCGCUCCCCGGAGACGGAGUGA